AUGGAAGAGAUUUCUAAAUCAAUUUGGAAGAUGGUACCGUGGUGCAUGAUAUUCGCGGACGACAUAGUUCUGGUAGCAAAAACUAGAAAGGAGGUUAGAAACAAAUUGGAUAAGUGGAGGGAAGCUUUAAAAGGUGAACCAGAGGUGUACAUCGAUGAUACAGUUGUUAGAAGCACAACCAGGUACAAAUAUUUGGGAUCGAUCAUUCAAAGGGAUGGGGAGAUUGGGGAUAUAAAGCAUUGUAAACAGGCGGGUUGGCUUAAGUGGAGAGCAGCCAUCGCAGUGUUUUCGAACAUAAAUGGAAGUCCCAAAAAUGCGUAUGCUGAGGUGGAUGUGUGGGCACACAUUGAUGGAUAG